AUGGCCGACCCCGCCGCCAUCCAAGACGAGAUUACCGCAAUCGAAAAGCGAAUUGAAGAGGCGCAAUCACAACUCAAAGACGCAAAGGAAAGGUUACGAAAGGCCAAAGAUGCUGCGUACGAUGGCCCCGGCGCAAACCUGUCGGCUGAAGAAAAGAUGUCGCUCAUCAAGGUCAACUUGGCUGAAGUGCUGAACCCGGAAAUUAUGGAUGAGGCGUUGAAGAAGCAGGGCCACCUAAAAGUCUACUGGGGUACUGCGACAACAGGACGGCCUCAUUGCGGAUACUUCGUCCCUAUCCUCAAGCUUGCACAAUUCCUCGCAGCAGGCUGCCAUGUUAAGAUUCUCCUCGCUGAUAUCCACGGUUUCCUCGACAAUCUGAAAGCGCCUAUUGAGCUCGUCAAGUUCCGCGCCCAGUACUACCGCUUCACCAUUACUGCUCUUCUGAAAGCGGUCAAAGUACCAAUCGAGAAACUAGAGUUUGUGCUGGGCUCAAGCUACGAAUUGAACGCGGACUACACAAUGGAUCUUCUUAGGCUGGCGAGUAUAACAAGCGAGGCUACUGCGAAAAAGGCUGGUGCCGAAGUCGUCAAACAGACGGAGAAUGCGCCACUCAGUGGACUUCUGUACCCUCUCAUGCAAGCUCUCGACGAGGAGUACCUCGAUGUAGACGUUCAGUUUGGUGGUGUAGACCAACGUAAGAUCUUUGCACUCGCAAAGGACGUGUUGCCCAAGAUUGGCUACAAGGAGCGCGCCCACUUGAUGAACCCCAUGGUUCCCGGUCUGCAAGGUGGAAAGAUGAGUGCUUCCGACCCAGAUUCCAAGAUUGAUGUUCUUGACGAUGCGGAUGUCGUCAAGCGCAAGCUCAAGAAAGCGCAUGCAGCGCCAAAGGUGGUCGAGGAAAACGGUGUCCUCAGCUUCGUCGAAUACGUCCUCCUCCCCGCCGGCCAUCUCAUCCACGGUGAAUCCAAGUUUGUCGUCAAGCGUCGCGAGGGCGAACCCCUCGUCUACACUGACAUUGCGAAGAUGCAGGAGGACUACCGAAGCGACAUACUCACUCCCCAGGACCUCAAGCCUGCCGUCACAGAAGCCCUCAUCACCCUGCUUGAGCCUGUACAAAAGGAGUUCCAGGCCAAUCCCGAGUGGAAGGAGAUUGAGCAAAAGGCAUACCCGCCACCACCUGUAGUCAAGAAGGAGAAGAAGGUCAAAAACAAGGGUACCUUCCACCCGAAGAGGAAUGUCGAGGCCAAGCCUGACGGCCAUGUUGAGGGUGAAGACAAGGCAACUGUAGAUGUGGGCGCCGAGGGUGGUGAGAAGGCCAUCGAGGGUCUGAGUCUAGAGGAGAAGAAGUAA